AUGGCACGUACUGGUUCUGGUAAAACUGCUGCUUUUAUCUUACCUAUGAUUGAAAAACUGAAGACACAUUCAGCAAAAAUUGGUAUUAGGGCAGUCAUUUUAUCUCCCUCCAGAGAAUUAGCCUUGCAAACUUUUAAAGUUUUCAAAGAGUUUAGUAAAGGCACUGAUUUACGUAGUACUUUGCUUACUGGUGGUGAUUCUUUAGAAGAUCAAUUUGGAAUGAUGAUGUCUAAUCCUGAUGUAGUUAUUGCUACUCCGGGCCGUUUUUUGCACUUGAAAGUUGAAAUGAAAUUGGAUCUUAAAACAGUUGAAUACAUUGUUUUUGAUGAAGCUGACAGAUUAUUUGAGAUGGGAUUUCAAGAACAGCUAAAUGAGUUAUUAUAUGCUUUGCCACCACAAAGACAAACGUUAUUAUUCAGUGCCACGUUACCCAGUUCAUUGGUUGAUUUUGCAAAAGCUGGGUUAAGCAAUCCAGUGCUAGUUAGAUUGGACACAGAAACAAAAAUCAGCGAACAUUUGGAGAUGUUAUUCUUGACGAGUAAAAAUGAUGAGAGGGAGGCUAAUUUGCUAUUUAUACUACAAGAGGUUAUUAAAAUCCCAAUAGCCACAACUGAAGAAAUUUUGAAUUUCAAAAAAACGAUUGGGGAUGACGAUAGUGCUAGUGAUGAGGAAAGUAACAACAAUCGCAGGAAUAAAAGGAAGCAUUUUAAAAAAGUUAAAAUGCCCAGUGCUAAUGAAUUACCAUCUGAAAAAUCCACAAUCAUCUUUGUUCCAACCCGUCAUCACGUUGAAUAUAUAACACAACUAUUGAAAGACUGUGGAUUUUUGUGUUCUUAUACCUAUGGUACUUUAGAUCAACAUGCUCGUAAACAACAGUUGUAUAAUUUUCGUUGUGGUUUAACGUCUAUCUUGGUUGUUACCGAUGUUGCUGCAAGAGGUAUCGAUAUUCCAAUUUUAGCUAAUGUUAUUAAUUAUUCGUUGCCAUCAUCCUCCAAAAUUUUUAUUCAUCGUGUGGGUAGAACUGCAAGAGCUGGUAACAGAGGCUGGGCCUAUUCAAUUGUUUCUGAAAACGAACUACCGUAUUUGUUAGAUCUAGAAUUGUUUUUGGGCAAGAAGAUUUUGUUAACACCAAUGUAUGAAUCUGCUGUGGAACUUUUAAAAAACAAAUGGGUUUCUGAGGGCAAAGAAGAGGAUGCCUUUGUUCCACCAAAAAUUUCGUACACAAAUAGGAUAGUAUUGGGUACAUGUCCUCGUCUGGAUAUAGAAAGUAUGGGGGAUUUAUAUAAGAACCUGAUGGAUUCUAAUUUUGAUUUACAGAUUUUGAAAAAAACUGCACUAAAAGCUGAAAGAUUGUACUCGAGAACAAGACAAACCGCAAGUGCUGAAUCUGUUAAAAGAUCUAAGGAAGUGAUGCAUGGUGGAUGGGAUGAACAAAAUUUGAAAUUUGGUAAAAAUGCAGAAAAGGAAAAAUUGGAAUUUUUGUCCAAAUUACAAAAUAGACGUCAUAAAGAAACUGUCUUUGAAAUUGGGAAAAGUCCAGAAGAUGGUAUUGCUAUUUUAAUGCAAAGGAGAAGAAAGACCUUAGCACCAAUACAAGCCAAAGCCAAAGAAAGAAGAUUGUUGAUUGAAAAGGAAAGAUUAGCUGGAUUAAGGCAUAAUUUGGAAGAAGAAGUAUUAGCUACUAAGAAUGGACAAGGAGAUGACGAUACAGAUUUGGUUUCUGGUUACACUGUUCCAGAAGAGAUACUAAAGGCGAAUUUUGAGGAUGCUGACGAUGUCUUAGGCGAAUCAACCCAUACCCAUAAGGGCAAAAAGACUUAUAGAGAUCCGAACUUUUUUAUCAGUCACUAUGCACCAGUUUCUAACAUUCAAGACAAACAAUUAUCCUUGACAUCUGGCUUCACCAAUGACGCGGCUGGUGCUACAUUUGAUUUGAAUGGUGACGAUAAGGUGCAAGUACAUAAGCAGGCGGUAAAGCUUACCUGGGAUAAGAAAAGAAAAAAAUAUGUUAAUGCCCAAGGUGUUGAUAAUAAAAAAUACAUUAUUGGAGAAAGCGGACAAAAAUUGCCUGCCAGUUUUAGAAGUGGUAAAUUUGAAGAAUGGUCUAAACAUAGAAAGAUUGGUCCAUUAAGGGUUGGUGCUAAGGAGAGUUCGAUUCCAACUAAUUUAUUGAGGAAUCCAAAAUCUGCGGGAACUGAUGGUAAUGUUGGAAGGAAUGGCAGGUUUGUACAUAAGCAAUUGAAAGCACCAAAGUUACCGGAUAAAUAUAGAGAUGAUUAUGAAAAACAAAAGAAGAAGGUGAAUAAAGCGUUGGAAAGUGGUAUUAAUGUUAAAGGCUACAAUACUGCUGGAUCUAAGUCUGAGUUGAAGAGUACCGAACAAAUAAGAAAAGAAAGAACUAUUAAAGAGAAUAAACAUGCCAAAAAUGCUCGUCCUAGUAAAAGAAGGAAAUUUUAG